AUGAGGCUGUCCUGGGCCUUCCUGCUGCUCACAGCAGCCCUGGUGCUGGGGGGGACGGCUGCUGCCCGCUGCCCCGCACCCUGCGUCUGCGACAACCUCCACACCCACGUCCUCUGCCUCAAUGGGAACCUGACGGCUGUCCCCGGCACCAUCCCACAGCUCACCAAAAAACUGGACCUUCAGGGCAACACCUUCAUGGUCAUACCAGUGGGAGCCUUCCUCACCACCCCGUACCUCACACACUUGGACCUGCAGAGCUGCAAGGUGGAAAAGCUGGAGGAAGGGGCUUUCCGGGGGCUGGGGAGGCUGAUCUACCUCAACCUGGCCUCCAACAGCAUAGCCCUCCUCUACCAGGAGUCCCUGGAUGGGCUCUUCUCCCUCCAGCAGCUCAUCCUGGAGGGGAACCGCAUUGAGGAGAUCCAGCCAGGUGCUUUUGGCCAUCUGGGGUCCCUCACUGUCCUCGACCUGAGGGCAAAUGCCUUGGUCUACCUCCCAGACAUGGUCUUCCAGGGUCUGCAAGCCCUCAGGUGGCUCCGGCUGUCCCACAAUGCCCUCCAUGUACUGGGCAGUGAGGCCUUUGCCACCCUGCCUGCCCUGCGCAGGCUGAGCCUGGACCACAAUGAGCUGCAGGCACUGCCUGGCGAGGCCUUGGCCAGGCUGGAUGGGGCCACUCGGCUGGAACUGGGCCACAACCCCAUCACCUACGUGGCUGAGGAGGCCCUGGCCAUGGCCUCUCUGAAGCACCUCUUCCUGGACCACGCCUCCCUCCAGGACGUGGCACCCGAUGCCUUCGCCCACAGCCCUGAGCUGCGCACGCUGGACCUCCGCAAAAACCAGCUGCAGGGGCUGCCACCCCUGGCCGGGGCCGGGGGGCUGGCGAGGGUCAGCCUGGCUGGGAACCCCCUGCUCUGCUCCUGCCUUCUGCGCCCCUUCCAUGACUGGCUGGCGAGGGCGCGGGUGCAUGUGGAAGGGUCCUGUGCCGCACCCCCUGCCCUCCGUGGCCGGACCCUUGACUCCCUGAGGCCCCCCGAAAUGAGAUGUGGCCACCACAACAACCACCUCUCCACCUUGGCGGCCGCUGCCUUCGAGGGGGCCCCACAGCUGGCCUACCUCGACCUGGACCGCAACGCCUUCACCCACCUGCCCGCAGGUGCCUUCCGGCUCCUGCCCAACCUCAUCUCCCUCCACCUGCAGGACAAUGCCAUCCGGGAGCUGGCGGAUGGCGACUUGGCCGGGGCCCAAGGGCUGCGCUGGCUCUACCUUGGGGGGAACGCCAUUGGGUGCAUCGCCCCAGCUGCCCUGGCUCCUGCCAAGAUGCUGGAGAAGCUGCACCUGGUGGGAAAUCACCUGGCAGAGGUGCCCACAGCAGCCCUCUGGGGCCUGCCUGUCCUGAGGGAGCUGAAGCUGUCACAAAACCCCAUCAAGCGCUUGGAAGACAGCGCCUUCCUGCCAGUUGCCUCCAGCCUGCAGCACCUGUACCUGGACAACAUGGGCCUGGAGCGGAUUUCCCCUGGUGCCUUUGCUGGGCUUGGUCCCAAGAUGAGAAGCCUCUACCUGGAAAGCAACAAAAUGAGCAACAUCCCCGACAUGAGCAACUUCACAGGGCUGGAGAUCCUCAACCUGAGGGAUGUGCCUUUCCACUGUGACUGCCAGCUCCUUCCCCUGCGCAGGUGGAUCGACAAACUCAACCUCCGUGUAGGGGCCACCUGUGGGUCCCCUGCAGAAGCCCGGGGGCUGAAGGUGAAACUUUCCACCACUUUCCAAACUUGCCCUGGCUGGGGCCAAGGCGAGGGUCAGGGAGCCAGUCCUGAUGAAACCAAGGCUGCAAGCAAACCCAGCAAGAAAAAGAGAUCUGGAAAACCACCAGCCAGAGGCUUCAAGAACAAAGCUUAG